AUUUUCAUCUGGGGCUAUUGGUUAAUCAGAGCAAGACACUGGAUUUCCAGCCAGAGAACAGAUGUUUUUACUGAGGGGGAAAAAAAAAAGAGCAUUAAGAGCUUUUAAAUCUUACAUUAUUACUUUGAUCAUAUGAGAACUAAUAGUGACAUUUCAAGCUUGGAAAUAUGUCGCCGGGCUUCGGUUCAUAUUGACACGACGCUUUACUGAACGGCUCGUUUCCCAUAAAACCAGAGUGAAGGACCUGAAAAGGCAGUGAGAGCCAGGGAGGAUAUUUUGAAGUUUGAAAUGAUCCCUGUAUAAAUAGAACAGAGCAGCAUAACUUUGGGAUAAAAUUAGCCGACAGUGUGUGCACUCUGUAGUGUGCGCCUGUUUGCUUGGUGCUGCUUUCCUGAUAAAUCACACCAAAGCUUCCAAAGGGAGAGGAAGGAUGGACGGCACCACUGCCCCGCUCACCAAGUCUGGAGCUGCCAAAUUAGUGAAGAGAAAUUUUCUUGAGGCUCUCAAGUCAAAUGACUCCGGAAAAUUGAAGGCUAUUUUAAUCCAAAGACAAAUAGAUGUGGAUACAGUUUUUGAAGUGGAAGAUGAGAAUAUGGUGUUGGCAUCUUAUAAACAAGGUUAUUGGUUGCCUAGUUAUAAAUUAAAGUCUUCCUGGGCAACAGGCUUGCAUCUGUCUGUCUUAUUUGGCCAUGUGGAGUGCCUGCUGGUGCUGCUGGACCACAAUGCUACCAUCAACUGCAGACCCAACGGGAAAACUCCUCUGCAUGUGGCUUGUGAAAUGGCCAACCUGGAUUGCGUGAAGAUCCUCUGUGACCGUGGGGCAAAGCUCAACUGCUACUCCCUCAGUGGACACACAGCUUUGCACUUCUGUACAACUCCAAACUCCAUUCUCUGUGCCAAGCAAUUGGUCUGGAGAGGGGCCAACGUGAACAUGAAGACCAACAACCAGGACGAGGAAACCCCUCUGCACACGGCUGCCCACUUCGGGCUCUCGGAGCUCGUGGCCUUCUACGUGGAGCACGGCGCCGUGGUGGACAGCGUGAACGCGCACAUGGAGACGCCGCUGGCCACCGCCGCCUACUGGUCCCUGCGCUUCAAGGAGCAGGAGUACAGCCGCGAGCACCACCUCAUCUGCCGCACGCUGCUCGACCACAAGGCCGAGGUCAACGCCCGGGACGACGACUUUAAGUCCCCGCUGCACAAGGCGGCCUGGAACUGCGACCACGUACUCAUGCACAUGAUGCUGGAAGCGGGCGCCGAAGCCAACCUCAUGGAUAUCAACGGCUGCGCCGCCAUCCAGUACGUGCUGAAGGUCACGUCGGUGCGACCGGCCGCCCAGCCCGAGAUCUGCUACCAGCUGCUGCUGAACCACGGGGCCGCGCGCAUCUACCCGCCGCAGUUCCACAAGGUGAUCCAGGCUUGCCAUUCUUGUCCCAAGGCCAUCGAAGUUGUAGUCAAUGCCUACGAGCACAUCAGGUGGAACAUAAAGUGGAGAACAGCUAUCCCUGAUGAUGACUUGGAGAAAUACUGGGAUUUCUACCACUCUCUCUUUACUGUUUGCUGCAACUCUCCAAGGACACUCAUGCACUUGUCGCGGUGUGCUAUUCGAAAAGCUUUGAACAGCAGAUGCCACAAAGCAAUUCCUUUGCUUUCUCUCCCAUUGUCAUUGAAAAAGUAUUUGCUUUUAGAGCCAGAAGGAAUCAUUUAUUAAGGCUUAUGAGACAGCAGUUCCCAGUCUUAGAUCUUUAAGUGGACUUGUUGGUUAGACUCAGUUUGCUUAAAUAAAAUGGUACUUAGGUUGAUUAUAACAGGUCAGGGAUUUGAAAACACUUUACAAACACUCUGUCAUUAAUCCUAGGGUAUCAUGGUGAGGGGGGAUAAGAAGUAAAGUUAAGGAAUUUUCAAAGACAAGAAGCAUUCAGAACGUACUGAUGUAACAGUAAUAUCUCAUGCAUAGCGCUCUUACUAGAUGCAUGAUAUGUUUUGUGAAGCUUUUCGUAUGUUAUCUAAAAUGGGACCCAGGUUUUCUUAAAACCAAUCUCAAUCUCUACCUUACCACUAUUAAGUUUACAUUACCAUUUAAUUUUCAAUAUAGCAAGUUUGUGAUUAGCCUCUUAAGCUUAGUGUCUUUUCCCCAUUACUACUUAGCAGCAAUUAUAGUCGCUCCCCAAACCAAGCUUCGCAGGUUAUUAUAGUGAAGAAAGCACAUGAGCAUAGUCAAAGACAGGGAGAUCUUGGAGUGAAAAGAUUUAGAAACGAGUAAGAAAGACCAGUCCAUUUACUGGUCAAGAAGGAACAUUUCAGCACACACUCAUUGAGCCAGAGGCUAGAGAUGCAAAGAUGAGUCAGUCCCAUGGGUGACCUUUGAGCAGAGGAUCCGAACAUACAAGCAGGUGACUGCAGUAUAAAAAACGGGGCAAGAGUACAGGUGCCAUUUUUAGUGCUUACCUUUUGAAGUUGUGUUUCUGGCAUGAAGCGUGUGUGUGGCUUUUUAAAGCAUGAAGAUAAAGAAUGAGGGGAUUGUGGAACGUAGAGGGAUCUCCUGCCAUGCUAGAUAUUGUAGCUAUUGUGUUAGUGUAGCUUCCUUGUUGGUGCUUUGCCAAACUCUCUGAGAUAAAUAUUGCAUAUCCCAUGGUUCCAAUGUGUGUGUGUUGUGUUUGUGUGUGUGUGUGACAAGGAAGGGAAGGAACAUUUGUGAAAGAAAGUGUGCGAAGGGAAAGACCUUGUUGAUGACUUUGGCCUUUUCAUGUGACAGACUGAUGUUACAGAGUGCAAAGUUAAAGAGCACUUUGUUAGUGAUGGCUGGCUACAGAAAGCAAAUCGGAAGACUUUUUGGCAGUGGUAAAACUGGAGCAAGUUGGAAAAAUAAGUAUGUAAUCAGGCUUGCUGGUUUGAUGUUUGCAAAAAGAAAAAUGUAGAUAAUUAGCCUCUCUCGGCCUCAUGGCUUAGGAGGCCAAGUUUGUUUUCCUUUUUUGUUCUCGUUAAUCCCUUUAGAAACGCUUAUUGUUUUUUUAGCAUCACUUUUUAGAAGUUAAAGCAGAAGUAAUUAGUGCAAGCAAAUCUGUCAGUUGUGAGCAGGUUUCUUUUAUUUGUGUGGUUCUCCACCUUAGCUAACUUGAGAGUUGAAUAGAGACAAUGUUGAAUUAUCUACCAGGCCACCACUAGGUUGUGCUUCUGUGCCAGAAUUCUCUUAUGCCCAGGUCUGGAUAGGAAAAACCACAGGUGGAUACAAUAAUCUCUCUGAAAUACUAGUUUCACUCAUAUUUAUGUGUGUAGGGGGGUACUUUGUACUACAAUAUCUCUAUCAUAGAACAGAAUGCUGAAUUUGUAUCACUGUUCAUACAAAACAUGCCCCCCCACACACAAAAAAAUGCUGGCACCAAGUGGUGCUGGUACACACCCACACAUCCUGGGGCAUGUGGAGAGCUGUAAGGCACCCUGCAUCGUCAGGAGGUUCUGAGAAGAAAGUCUGCUGCAUUGACUUGGGACGAAUAAAACUGGUGUUGAGGACAAAUGGAGACCAUGUUGCUUGGCUUGCUUGUGCUAAACCAUUUGUGUUCAUCUAGCAUAUAAUACAUGGCUACUUGCUUGGAAUUGUUUCCUUGUGGAUUUAAAGUAAUUUUUCCUUCAUUUUGAACUUUAGAAAACUUAAAUAAAGCUCUUCUGAUUCCUUUCA